GCGCCGCCGCCGCGUCCAACUUCGACCGCCGAUGCCGCCGCCGCCGCCCUCACGCCGAGAAAACGCGAUACGCCACCGACGCCACUCGUCGUCCUCCAUUCGCCGCCCGGUCUGCAACUGCCCCCGCCAGCCGUCCCCCGCCUGGGUCCGCGCCUCGUGUCCUCGCCGCAGCCGGGCCCGCCGCCACACGGCCGCCGGGGAGCACCGACGCCACCGCCGCCGCUGCGCCGCCACACGGCAAUGAUCGCGCCGCCCGGAACUAUGCGCCAGAUGUGUAAAUCGUAAUGCGAAGAUGGUGUGUUCCGAAUGUCCAAUGGUCCCAGUUGGUGUUGUGCGCGACCGUACUGUUCCUGCUGGGCGGCCUGCACAUCUACAGAGGCCCCAAUGCCGGGCCACUGCAGGCUUUGGACGAUGUGGCCGACGACGAGGACACUUCCGGUUCCGCCCGGACGACCCAAGACGAUCGGGCGUACCGGAGACUCAGGUUUCCGAAGACCAGCAGACGAUUGCCUCAGGCGAUCAUCAUCGGUGUGCGGAAAGGCGGCACGCGGGCGCUGUUGGAGAUGUUGUUCCUGCACAAGUCCGUGCAAAAGGCCAACGGCGAGGUGCACUUCUUCGACCGGGACGACAACUACGAACGCGGUCUGGACUGGUACAGAAGGCGAAUGCCGUACUCGUUCCCCAACCAAAUCACCAUUGAAAAGAGCCCCAGCUAUUUCGUGACACCGGAGGUACCAGAACGCAUCAAGGCGAUGAACUCGAGCAUCAAGCUACUCCUCAUCCUCAGGGACCCCGUGAUCAGGGCCAUAUCGGAUUAUACGCAGUUGCACAGCAACCCGUUGGCGAACCGCAGCAGUAGGUCGUUCGAGCAGCUGGUGGUGAAGCCGGACGGCACGGUAAACACCAACUACCGGCCGGUGUCCGUGUCCACUUACCACAACCACGUUUACCGGUGGCUAGACGUGUUCCCCAGGGACCAGCUGUUCGUGGUCAACGGCGACCGACUCAUCACCAACCCCGUGUCCGAGCUGAACCGCAUCGAGACGUUCCUGGGCCUCGAGCACAGGAUCGGCGCCGACAACUUCUAUUUCAACCGGACCAAGGGGUUCUACUGCCUGCGGUACGGGCCCGUGGACAAGUGCCUGAAGGAGACCAAGGGCCGGAAGCACCCGGACGUCCGGCCUUCGGUCGUGGCCAAGCUCCGGGAACACUUCGGCCAGCACAACCAGAAGCUGUACGACGUUCUGGGCCAAGACUUCGGGUGGCCGGAGAAGUAGCGAACGGCUCUGUUGUCGAGCCAGUGGGGGGGACGAGUGCGGGUGUCGCGGCGACAUCGUUUCAAAAAAAAAAUAAAUGUUUUUCGUUCUUUUGGAGUUUUGUAUACAGGGAUACUAUAUAUAUAUUAUAUACAUAUAUAACAUUAUAAAUAUUACUAUAACGUCACAAUAUAAUAAUUAUGUACUGAUCGCGACCAUAGCGCUUCGCUUUCUGGACGAGACUUGAAGUGUGUCGCUCGAUUUGUUCUUCUCAUAAUACCACAUGAAACGAAACGUUUGAACACUGCCAUGCUCAUACUGUGCAUGCAUAUAUAUAUAUAUAUUAUACCGAAGGCGAGGAACGGCGAACGAGGAAGAGGAAGGGGGUGAUGGUGUGUGUGUGUGUGGGGGUGGAUCCCCAUCGUUUUCCUUCAAAACUGCUGCACCGUACAAUGUUUACGAGACGAGUCUCUAUAAUUGGACAGAGAAAAUUUCGAUAACACGUACUGAUAAUUUUACUUAUUUUUUUUUUUUUUUAUAUUGUUAUAAGCGACGAAUUUUUUGAAGACACGAACCAUUUGGUUUUGGAACAUAACUUCUUAACGUGUAGCAUAAUUUGAAGUAUGUACCUUCUGUACACGCGACUACGCAGAGUUUUAAACAAAACUAACAGGUUGAGAGCCAUGUGGGUUUUCACGGCGUUUUCCAAUGUUGCCAUGAUAUGAGACCCAAAUUUGGUUCUCGGUGAAUUUUUUUACACCACCGUGAGAACCAAGUUUGAGCCUCGCCUAUAUUAAACUGUUAUUGAACUAUACCCAAUGUUGGUUCUCGUUUAUCGGUUUUUUUGUCAUUCGAUUUAUUAUUUUCAGAUUCUGCACUUUAUUUUUACUAUUGUUUCUAGGACACAUUUAAAUGUAAAAAAUGUAUUCCAAUAUUAUAAUAUAUAACCAAGACAAUAGAGAACACAAUUUUAAAAUAAUAUUGUUGGCAGUCAACAAAAUCUAGUUGAGAUUCAAAUUCUGAUCUAAUGGCUCCCGACCUGUCUUAAUCACGUUGAUUUUUUUUUAACCUUUUCUCUACAUUAACCACACAAUUAUACUGCUAUUUAAGUAUGACCAAAUGUUUUUUCUUCAUUUUAAACGUAUGCAAUUUUUAUUUUUUGAGCGUCAUUCAUUCCGCCGUGCCGUGGAUAAAAUGACUGCAUUUUAUGACAAUUUUUCUUCUCCAUCGAGGGAUAUUGUGUCGUUCGAGCACUUGAAAAAAUUCAAACAACAUAUUAUUACAUGGUGCUCGAUCGCCCUCGAAAUCGCCCGUUUUCGGCAUUGCAGUCUGAAAGAUUUCCUCGUCGCCUUUCGUUUGAGUCUACAGCUGUGAGCCGUCGUUCCAUUACUGCCCACACAAUUAGUGGACGCGAUCUCACUGAAGUCAAUAACGCACAUGAUAAUAUAUUUCAAAUUAGUGUUUUAUUUUUAUUUUUUUACACUUCCGUCGCUCUCUCUCUCUCUCUCUCUCUCUUUCACUGACUCUGCAGCAUUGGACAAAAUCGACCGACUUAUCGAAUUAUAUUGUGUAUACUAAAUCAAAACACAAGUAUUCUCUCGUAUACACCUACGCGUAAGAUUAGUUUGUUAUCUUUUCACGCGUUUUUUUUAAAAUAAUUUUUCGUUGAUAACAAUAAUAUGUUACGCUCCUAUUGUAGUGAAAAUAUGUCUCGACACUAUCACUAUUUUCAUUAUUGUUAUUUUAUUUUGCACGACCGAUUUACGAUUGACACCGAUUACUGUUCCCGCCUAUUGUCGCACUACCUACUCUACUACUCUCACGAACUCGAUGAUUGCAGUGGCAGGCCCUCGAAACAAAUCGAACAUGUCUUAAUAAUACAAUAUUGUGUGUACAGCCGAUAAUAUAAUAAUUUUCGCCAAAGCGCGACUGCUGGAAACGGUCUGCGGAGAGAUCAGACUUACAACGUUUAUGUUAUUGUUGAAUAUAAUUAUUAUAUAUAGUGUCGUUCAAAGACCGUCGAAGUUGUUUCGUGGUCAAACAUCCCCGGUUACGACAUGACCACGUAGGAGUUUAAUCAUUAUCUCCUUUGCCGAGUUGAUUGAUUGCAGUCGGGGCGAAAAGAAAAUAAUAACAAUAGAAAAUGAUUACGUACCUCAUUGCGUUCUAAAUAGUACAAAUGUAUGAAAGAAAAAAUAAAUAUAUAUAUAUGCAUGCUCCUCACGUGCUCCUCUGGCCUUUGCCGAUAUUAUAGUGAUCGGAGUUAAAUCUACUCGGUGGUAGUCCCGAGGGGGCGAAGGGGCAUAACUAUAUUAUUAUCAUAUACUGCAUUAUUAUUACUUACCUACUACUUUUACAUAAUAUUUCAAAUUUUCGACGAGCAAUAAUGACUUUCUUUUCAGAUGGUUGAUUAAUUAAUUUACUUAUACAUAUCAUUGUUAUAAUAUAUAGGAAAAGUACUGUGUAAUGUUAUAGUAUAUAUUUAUAUAUGUAUUUUGUUCGUUACGGUUAUUAUUAUUAUUAUUAUUAUUGUUCAUUUUUUUUUUUUACAAAAAAAACAACGAUCAUAUCAACUAUAGACUUUUUUCGUGUAUUUUAUAAGUCGUUUAUAAUAUUAUAUUUUAAGUAACUUGAAACAUAUCAAUGUUUGCAACGUAGCAUGAUUAUUAUUAUAACACUGUCAUCGAGAGAAAACUAUUAUAAAUCGUAUUUACUAUUUUGUAUAUUGUCGUCGUAAUAAGGAGCACGGGGACGAAAGGAGUCGAAAGGAUUUGUGUGUCGCUUUUUCGUCCGUUGUUUCGGCUUUACGUUACAUUGACAAGUCAAUCGUGUUUAUUGUUAUGUUAUGAACUACUGUACUGACGUCUUGUAUGUAUUUGAAAAAAAAAAAAAAAUUGUAAAUGAUUUGUCUAUACUAGCAACGCGAUUGCGUCUUAAGCUACGUCGCUGUCACACAGAAAUCCUAGCGACACGUGACCUUAUCUGUAUAAUGUCUCGUUGCCCGUGCAUUGUACCACGUAUACAUAUCAUAUCAUAAUAUUAAUAUUAUAUUGUACCAUAUACAUAUCAUGUACUGUACCAAUACCGCGAAAGCGAUUUGGACUGAAAAACAAUGUCUACUAAACAAAUACAUAUCAUUUUGAUUAGGUAGCGUUUACUAUUAUAUAACUUAAUAAUAUUGUACUUGUAUUUGAUGUAUUUUUGUUUUUUACUAUACUAUUGUAAAAUAGUUUAUUGUUAAUAAGUCGAUUGUUUUAUAGAAAAAUUUCUUAGAAUCACAGUAUUGUGGUACCACAGGUGGGUCGGGGAGCGUAGUAUACCAAUGUCAAAACCUACCUAUAUCCACAUUAUUACGAAUGCUAUCAUUAAAUGACUACUGGACAGCUGACUAAUGUAAUCGUCCCGAUGAAUAAUUCGACCACAAUAAUAUAAUCAAAGAAAUUUAAAACUAAAAAAGUGACGUUUAUUGAAAUAAAACACUCUAUUAUAUAGAUUACAGCGUGUGACUAUAAUAUAAUACAGUAUCCAUGACUCAACCCAUUCAACUUUUUAUGAUAAUAUGCACUUCUAUACACUCCGAAUCCAUGCGAUCAUGGUAACGCCAAAUCGUAUGUAAAAACUAAAAACAGUAAUUUAUAAUAUUGCAGUUGUCCGGAACCCAUGACCAAACGGUGAGAGUUUUCACAUAAUUUAGCAUUUGAAUCGAUUCUAUACAGUUAGUUUAAAUAAUAUUAUAGAUAAUAAACGUAGGAUUUAUAUUAAUAUAAUAGUAUUCGACACAAUAAUCAAAAAUACCCAAAAUUACAAAAUAUAAUCACACCAGAAGUCUCAAAAAUUACUACCCGAGGGCCGCAUCUGGCCCUAUAGCCCUAUAAUCCAAAAAUUAACUAUUCAUACUCUUGUUUAUUUUUAUUAUUUUUCGAAUGAAGGUACUACAGUUAUUUUUUCAAUACCAAACAAAACUACUACUAUUUUAGUUUCGAGAAAAAUUCACUACACUAAAUUUAAAUUACUCUUUACACUUCUCUAAACAACGACACGAUAACCAACCGUUUAAAUGUUCACUUACUUAUUAAGCCGUCGUUAUUAAGUCGUUGAAUUUCUAUAUUUUCUAUACGCCUAAACAUUUUCAACGCGUAUACUGAUUAUAUUUUUAAGCUUUGGAGACCUAUCUGAUCUCUAAAGUAAAUUUAUUGUGUACCGAGAAAACAGUUAUUAAAACGUAUUUUAUUUUUUAAUUCCAGUUUGUAGAUUUUUUACAACAUUUUAAACUAUCAAACAAGUCAAUAGUAUUUAUUGUUUACUUUGAGUUACCCUCCGAAAUCGUCUUGAGUUUUCGACAAGGCAAAUAAAAUAUUUUAUGAAAAUAUGACAAAAAAAAAAAAAAAA